GCAUUGUACACAGCAAUGACUCAGUUGGAUGUUUUUGAAUUUUGGGUCCUUGAAACAGGGAAAAAGAUAGAUUUAGGGUGUUAGUUGGGAUACUCUUGGAAUUGAAAAGGUCAUCAUUAGGGUGUUAAUUAGGAUACUCUUAGAAUUGAAAAGGUCAUCAAAGUUAAAAGAUAUGACAUAAACAAAAGACUCUCAACUCCAAACGGUUGUUUUUGAAUCACAAUUACAAGGACGCCAUAUAAUAAAAGAGCUUUUCACUGUAAAAAUCUACAUCAAACUCGGCAGAAGCUGGGAUCAACCUCAGAAACCCUUUCUCUUUUAUUUGAGGCAAAAAUGACCAUGAAAGUGCACAGCAGAAGAAGAAAAUUAAUUAUCGGCAGUACAUCGUCAGAGCAUUCAUUUGCGGCAGAAGUAAUUGCCGGCAAUGCAGAUCUCUUAACAGAGAUUCUUAUACGCAUGCCAGCAAAGUCCCUCAUCAGAUUCAAGUGCGUGUCUAAGAAUUGGCUGUUUCUAAUCUCCGAUUCACAAUUUUCCCGCAACCAUUCUCGCCAAGAUCACAAUCCCUUGUUCUCAGGAUUAUACAUCAGCACUUCGUCAUCAAACGAUGAACAAGUAAAGUCUGUCUCACUUGAUAACCACAACCCAAAUCUUCCGACACUGUCAUUCCUUGCUGGUAUUGGAGAUGGUUCUGCUACAACUAGGAUUAAGCACUCUUGCAAUGGCUUACUGUUAUGCUUGAAUGGCCUAACGCGGUUCAUUGUUUGUAACCCGACCACCCAGAAAUUCACAGUACUUCCAUAUCCUGGUGGCCCUUCAACAUCUUCUGGACCAUUUCGUGACAAGUUUGGUGUUUACUUCACUUCAUCUAGAUCACUUCGCCAUGUGUUUGGUGCUUAUUUGGCUUUUACUCCCUCAAAAUCACCUCACUACAAAGUUAUAUUGAUAAGUUACUCUAGCAAUUUUGAUGAAGGCUUUUACUUAAUUGACUUGUACUCUUCGGAGAGUGCGUCUUGGGAACACAUAAGUGCCAACGCACCACCAGGUUACUCCUUCAGGAAAAGGGUCUUUUGGAAUGGUGCAAUUCAUUGGAUGAGUUACAAGAACUUUCACAUUCAAUUUGAUGUUGAUGCACCAAAGCUAAUAGCAACUCCAAUGCCUCCAAACCCUAAAAUUCUUUCUGAAGAUGAUAUUCGGUAUUUUGGAGAAUGUGGUGGCCAUCUGCUUCUUAUUCAGACUCCUGAGCACUCUGCUGUGAGAUUUAGAAUCCUUGAAAUGGACAAGGACCACUAUCUUUGGAUUGUGAAGUAUUGGGUCGAUCUUAGACCCAUAAUAUCUGUAUUCCCUGAAAUAAUUCACAGAAGCACGUUUGACACGACCAAAAUCUGUAAAUUUUCUGUGCUAUGUGUUGUGAAGGGAGCAAAUGAAAAAGAUUUUACUCUGGUGUUAGCCAUUCCGGGAAAAAUUGUUUUGUACAAUCGGAAGUGCAAGACACUGAAGGUGCUUUGUGAUUUGCCGCCACAACGGGACUAUGAAGACCGAGAAUCAACUUGGUAUUAUACUGACCAAUUCAUUGAAAGCCUAUCUCCUAUUUGAUCAAUGCCUACAUGCUUGAGCAGGUUACUCCUGGGGCGUAAAUGGACUGUUCAACUUGAUCAUGUCUACCAAGAGAAGAAUUUUGUUACUGAUGGGUUGGCCAAGCAAGCUGUUUUGUAUCCGCAUAGCCCCUGUUUUGUACUACCUAUGGUACUUUUUGACAAACAUGGGAUGGCUACCCACAUUGUGUAGCCAACACCUCUUUAUAAAUAAAUAAUACUCGCCUUUUGGAUAAAUAUAUAUACAUA